GGCAGGAUGAGGGCGUGUGGGUGUGAGGCCAAUCUACCACCUACCCACGUCGUCACCUACAACUACGUGUCAGCCAAACUACAUCCCAGUAAGAUGAUCAGCUUGCGUGACUCCGACCUGCUGGUGAACUGCACGGAGGUGGACCAGCCUGACCUGCGUUACCUGAGGUGGACCGUGUACCAGGUGGUGUUCCCGGUCCUGGUCUCCAUUGGUGUGGUGGCCAAUAUUCUCAACCUGGUGGUACUCUCUCGACCUGCUAUGAGAGGCGUUGCUUACAGGUACCUGAACCAUCUGGCGGUGAGUGACCUGCUCUACCUGGUGUUCAACGUUCCCUUCUGCAUGAACGACUUCUCCCGCAUCUCAGAGAUGCAGGAGGUGCCGCGGGCUAGCGCUCUCUACUACGCCAACGUGGGAAUUCCCCUCGUCAACCUCUUCCUCACCAUGAGUGAAUAUAUCGUAGUGUGGCUCUCCUACGACCGCUGCCUCGCCGUCUGCAGCCCGCAGAAGUUCUCCGCCAAGCAGAGGAUGGAGGUGGUGAGAGUUCGGUGUGGUAUAUCCCUUCUCCUCACAGUGUUUGUGUACAGCCUUACCCCUCUCGGACAGGUGUACAGAUGUGAUGAGCUUGGGUGCUGCGUCAGUGAGAGCCACUACAGGAACCAGCCCUGGUACAUGGGCUACGAGUUCUUCAGAGAAAUUUACUCGAGGUUCUUGCCCGCUGUCCUCAUAACUGCUUUCAACGUGGCCAUCGUGGUGACGCUGAAGCAAAUCAAGAAAGACCGAGAUGGUGAUAUCAUAAACGAGGCGCGCCAGGAGAGGGAACGGCGGCUGUUUUUCCUGCUGGUGGCGAUCACAAUCCUCUUCUAUGUUUCUGCCUUCCCCAGUGCCAUCUAUAAAGUGUUGAUGUUUAACGAUAUGUACUUUAUCCCGUACUUCAGAGCUGUGGCCGAUGUUUUAGAGGUUUCCGGCCAUGUCUUCAAUUUUGUUUUGUACUUCUUAUUCAGUCCGGAUUAUCGUAAAACAUUGGUUGGUAUGACUUCCCCUGAGCAACAGAACAACAAUAUUGCUCUCUCCUCCACAGCCAUUCCUCUAUGAAUCACUGAAACGAUAUUAAAUAAGUCAAAUUUUGUGGAUCAAAUAUUUUUCUCGGUGUAAAUAUUAAACAUGAUAUAUUCUUGUAUAAACGCGCCUUAUCCAUAGUGUAUUUUGCGACAACGACGGUAUCGAGAUACUAGACGUAACUAGAAGUUUAUAACUGUGUUGUGAUAACUCUUGAAGCUGUGAUCGUGUGCUUGACCGAGCAGACAGCGACGCUGCAAGGGAACUACAAAUCUCAAACACAUAAACAGCAUUAUAAGAUAUAGGUAACAAACGUAGACGCAAUGUCUCCAUGCAUUCCAUAUAACUUUCACUAGUCGAGUGUAUCGCUGCCCUCAGCUGUGAUCAUGAUCAUUUUCCAGAAGUGCGAAGCUCGUUGUAGUACCUUGUGAAAAAAAAAAUCUUAAAGGAAAACAGUUGAGUAAGCUUCCAUUAUCAUGGGCACAUCAUGUACCUGUAUAAGAUGGUAGGUAGCAUUGUAUGACCCUUAAGGGUUUAGCUCUAAAUUUGAUUAUACAAUACAUGGGCACAUGGGAAUAAACGACGGCGCAAAUCUCAAGCAGUGAGGAAAACAAUAUGGUGGUACGGAAACCUUCAACCCGGACUUAAUACAGUCCAGGCUGCAGCUCUUUAUUACAGUCCAGAUUGCAGUCUCUAUUACAGUCCAGUUUGCAGUCUUUAUUACAGUCCAAGUUGCAGUCUUUAUUACAGUCCAGGUUGCGUCUUUAUUACAGCGUUCUUGAACGGAAAGUUGUAACAAAGGUUACCUUGCCAGUACACCAUCUUCCUCACUACCUUGGGUACAGUUGGUUUAUGUCAGCAAAGACUGAGAAGAGGUCACUACCAGUAUUCCAGAUCUAAGGUUCCAGGGCCCCUGCUGUAACUGCUGACCAUUGUUCAUGUGCUGAAAUCUCUCACUUUCUCUCCUGAAGUCAUAUAUAUUAUUUAGUUGUCUCUCGUUCUAUUAUUAUGAUACCUUGCUUUAGAGCCAAGAAAAUUUGUGAAAGAGUGGGACAGUGACUUCCAUCUAUUUUAUGUUUCAUUAUGAACCCCGGGAAUGUACAGCCACGCUUUUCUGUAUGAUACAUUGUGGAAACACCCUGCAGUGAGCAGCUACCAUAUUCCAUGUGAUUGUCACGUCGGAGACACACAACGUGCAGCAACACUAUUCUAUGGGAGCAUUACGUUGCAGGAACAAACUCGGUGUUUUCCAGCACAGGCGUAACCAAGUGAGAGAAUGAGACAGCUGAUAGUACCUCAACACCGUGAGGCAGCAGACAGGACAAUACCAUGAGGCAGCAGACAGUACAUCAAUAUCAAGCAGCAAACAGUACAUCCACAUUAGGCAGCAGACAGUACAUCAACAUCAGGCAGCAGACAGUACAUCAAUAUCAGGCAGCAGACAAUACAUCAACAUCAGGCAGCAGACAGUACAUCAAUAUCAGGCAGCAGACAAUACAUCAACAUCAGGCAGCAGACAGUACAUCAACGUAUGCUUCAUGAGUAUAGAAAAGAGAGAAAUAACAGCCUUGAACACUGGCCACUAUGUGACAAAAUCCAUUUUCUUAAAACCCAUUCAAAGGUGGUCAAGUCACCAAACCUUCCCGAACCCUCUCUGCCUUCCCACAACCUUGCUCACCUCUCUCUACUUGUCUACCCACAACCUUUCUCACCUCUCUCUACUUGUCUACCCACAACCUUUCUCACCUCUCUCUCCCUGUCUACCCACAACCUUUCUCACCUCUCCCUCCCUGUCUACCCACAACCUUUCUCACCUCUUUCUCCUUGUCUACCCACAACCUUUCUCACCUCUCCCUGUCUACCCACAACCUUUCUCACCUCCCUCUCCCUAUCUACCCACAACCUUUCUCACCUCUGUCUACCCCCAACCUUUCUCAGCUCUCUCUACCCACAAACUUUCUCGCCUCUCACUCCCUGUCUUCCCACAACCUUUCUCAUCUCUCUCUGUCUACCCACAACCUUUCUCACCUCUCUCUCCCUCUCUACCCACAACCUUUCUCACUGUACUAUCCUAGUUCUUCCUCCGCCCAUCCCUCACCUGACCUAACAAAAUACUGACCUACAGACUGCAAGAAUAAAUCAAAACAAAAAAUCUGACAAUUGUUCAGCUGGUGGAAAUAUAAGCGACUUCUGCUAUGUCUUCACAUAUUAAUACAGUGAACCCUCUUAUACAGUUAUUCCAUAUAGUGCUGUGUUUUUGGCUAUGGCCAUGGAAAAGUUGUUCCAAAAUUAAAUACCCCGGGAAAAGGCCUUCAUAGUGUGUCUGUUCAGUUUUGAGGUUAUGUACUUUUUAGUAGAUUAUUUUACAAAGCUCCUUUUUAUAGUGAUCUUUUUUUGUUAAUGUGAAUGAGAAGUACCAUCCAGAAUUGAAUAAUAUGUAUUGUGAAUGCCUUUCCACGAGCUGUUCAAUUUUCGAUGUGACCUUUCAAUCGCCUUUAAAAAAGAAGGGUCACAGUAUAUAGAAGAGUUAUGAGAGAGCUGAUGACUGGACUACAAGGUACUCUUGUGACCCAUACGGGUUUAGCGCAAACGUCCGGUGAUUUUACUGCCCAAUUGGUUUAUUAUGGUCGUCAAGAAAGAGCGGAGCAACGGUGUCUUCUGUUGCUAGGUCCGUACCCCACCUGAGAGGGGUGCUGGAGGGCUCCUCAUGCAAGAAACUGGAGCCAACCUCAACCUUCCCUGGAUCAAACUAGAUUACCUCUCAUUAUCCCAGAACGCUGUAUGACCCCCUUCCCGCACGGGUUCAGCUCCUCCCAAUGAAGAAAUAAUUUAGGCCUGUACUCCUGAUAAAUAAAUAAUUUAGGCCUGUCCUCAUGAAUAAAUAAUGUAGGACUGUGCUUCUCGUGAAUAAAUAAUUUAGGCCUGUAAUUCUCAUUAAUAAAUAAUUUAGGGUUGUAAUUCUCAUGAAUAAAUAAUUUAGGCUUGUACUUCUUAUAAUAAAGAAUUUAGGCCUGUACUUCUCGUGAAUAGAGAAUUUAGGCCUGUACCCCCCUCCUACCGUCUU